CAUUCGUCGUCAUGUGUUUAUUGUGAAUGAGUCGCUAAGUGUGGUGUAAGCCUAAAAAUAGUAAAAUGGGAUUUGUACCUUCGUAAAAGUUUAUCGUUAUUACAGAUGAUAAUAAUGGUGAAGUUUCGUUAUUUAGCCAGUGUGUGUGAAAGUGUAAUAUAACUAUGUCGUCUUCAUCAUCAUCAGCUCUGAAAAUCCUUGUAAGUGGAGACGUUGAAGGAAAGUUUUCACAGCUUUUUUCAAGGGUUUCUGCAGUCAAUAAGAAAAAUGGUCCAUUUGAGAUGUUACUUUGUGUUGGAAACUUCUUUGGAGAGGAUAAUACAGAGUGGGAUGAGUACUUAAAUGGAACUAAGAAAGCUCCGAUCACCACGUACAUUCUGGGUCCAGCAAAAUCUGAAUAUGAAACAUUGUUUCCAGCACGAGAUGGGUGUGAAUUGUGUUAUAACAUCACAUACUUAGGAAAGAAAGGCAUCUUAACAGGAAGCUCGGGACUAAAAGUAGCUUACCUAAGUGGUAUAGAGAGCUCAGGGAAACGAGAGUUACAAAAGGCUUGUGAGUUUAAUGAACAAGAUGUUGAAUCUGUUCACAUUCCAGUUAGUAAGGGCAAUGAGAAAGGUGUUGACAUCUUGCUGACCUCAGAAUGGCCUAAAGGAAUUACACAUUAUGUAGGAUCCCCAAAAGGCCUUGAUUUAAAAGAUGUGGGAUCUGAACUUGUCGCCCAGCUUGCCUUUUAUGUCAAGCCACGUUACCAUUUUGCUGGUUUACAUGGAAUUUAUUAUGAAAGAUUGCCUUACAGAAAUCAUAAAGUGCUGGCAGAACUUGCACAUCACCCUACACGUUUUAUUUCUUUAGCCAAUGUUGCCAAUGUACAAAAGGACAAGUGGUUAUAUGCAUUCUCCAUCACACCAAUGUCUGCUAUGGAUAAAAGUGACCUCGUUAAGCAGCCAUCAGAUGUGACUGAGUGUCCUUUUAAGUUCAACAAGAAAGAUCUGCAAACUGUAGAGAAGCCUACACAACAGUUCUUCUAUGACUUGGAGACUGAAACUGCUGGUCAAAAAAGGCAUCGAGGGGAAAGAAAUGAAGAUCAAAAAACAAAGAAGCCAAGACAGACAUUUCAGCCACAGGGUCCAUGUUGGUUUUGUCUGUCGAGCUCUGAAGUGGAAAAACAUUUGGUUGUCAGUGUGGGCGACCAUAACUAUCUUGCUUUAGCCAAGGGUGGGCUAACAUCUGAUCAUGUUCUUAUACUGCCCAUUGGUCAUCAUCAGUCCAGUGUUAUGUUGGAAGAAGAAGCACUUGAAGAGAUACAGAAGUUCAAAGAAGCUCUGAAGAAGUACUACAAGUCCAGAAAUAAAUCUGUGGUUUUCUUUGAAAGAAAUUUUAAAUCUUCACACCUACAGAUUCAGGUGGUUCCAAUGCCUUCUAAAUUAUCAUCACAAGUAAAGGAAGUUUUUCUAGAAUAUGCUACAUACAAAUCAAUUGACCUUCAAGAAAUACCAAAAUACACUAACCUGCAACAGAUCAUCUCACCUGGAAUGCCAUACUUCUAUGUGGAACUGGAGAAUGGAGAGAAACUAUUUUACAGAAUAAAGAAAGAUUUCCCUCUACAGUUUGGAAGAGAAGUUCUUGCUUGUGAGUCUCUUCUCGACAUGCCUCACCGAAUUGAAUGGAAAUCAUGCUCUGUAAGCAAGGAAGAGGAAACACAAAUGGUUGCUGAUUUUAGAAAAGAUUUCCAGGAAUUUGAUUUUACACUUGCAUAAAAUUAUAACAUCCUUUUUUGUUUCAUAAGAAAAAGUCACUCAUAUUGAUUUUAGUAUGAUCACGUGAUUUUAAAAUAACUCUUUUUAAAUAAAUGUAUUCUCAUUUGUUGUAGUAAAAGAUUUGCAAAAA